GCUAUCAGCCCACACCAGAUACCACAGCCCAUGAGGACAGGGGAGGGGGAUGUGAGGCCAUGGUGGAAGAGACUUGAAGAAGCGAGAGGGCAAGAAGCAUGGGGGCUCUGGGCAAAGAUGAAGUUUCCUAAAAUAUGACAACGGUACCAAGGAGAGAGCCUCCCUUCUCUAAAGCUUAAGGUGUUCCCUCUAAGGGCCGGUUAGAGGCCCCCAUGAAAGGCAUGGGGUCUGCUGAAUUUCUCUAAUUGAAGGUAGAGAGAAGAGGUCACUAUAGAAUCUUUCGAGAGAACCAACCUCUAUAGGUUGCCAUCUGAUCUCCACAUGAACUGUGUGACACACGUGCACAGAUGCAACAAAUAAAUGCAACUAGGAAAAAAAAGCCUCAGCUCACUGGCAGACCUCAGAGCCCUGCGUGAGAGGAGGCAAGGAUGUCCAGUGAGCAGGAGCAGGGGCCAGCAAGGCCUGGCCUUCACCAUGGCUGGAGGGAGACCUCACCUGAAGCGGAGUUUCUCCAUCAUCCCCUGCUUUGUCUUCGUGGAGUCUGUGUUGCUGGGCAUCGUGGUCCUUCUUGCUUACCGCCUGGAGUUCACCGACACCUUCCCUGUGCACACCCAGGGCUUCUUCUGCUAUGACAGCGCUUAUGCCAAGCCGUAUCCUGGGCCUGAGGCUGCCAGCCGAGCACCCCCCGCCCUCAUCUAUGCCCUGGUCACUGCGGGGCCCACACUCACGAUCCUGCUGGGGGAACUGGCCCGUGCCUUCUUCCCUGCACCACCCUCCGCCAGUCCUGUCAGUGGGGAGAGCACCAUUGUAUCCGGGGCCUGCUGCCGCUUCAGUCCCCCACUGCGGAGGCUGGUCCGUUUCCUGGGAGUGUACUCUUUUGGCCUCUUCACCACGACCAUCUUUGCGAAUGCGGGACAAGUGGUGACCGGUAACCCCACACCUCAUUUCCUGUCGGUAUGUCGCCCCAACUACACAGCCCUGGGCUGCCCACCGCCAUCUCCUGACCGGCCAGGGCCUGACCGCUUCGUCACGGACCAGAGCGCCUGUGCAGGCAGUCCCAGCUUAGUGGCUGCCGCACGCCGCGCCUUUCCCUGCAAGGAUGCGGCCCUGUGCGCCUACGCGGUCACCUAUACUGCGAUGUACGUGACCCUAGUGUUCCGCGUGAAGGGCUCUCGCCUGGUGAAACCUUCCCUCUGCCUGGCCCUGCUGUGCCCCGCCUUCUUGGUGGGCGUGGUCCGCGUGGCAGAGUAUCGCAACCACUGGUCGGACGUGCUGGCUGGCUUUCUGACGGGAGCAGCCAUUGCCACCUUUUUGGUUACCUGUGUUGUGCACAAUUUCCAGAGCCGACCCCACUCUGGUCGAAGGCUCUCCCCCUGGGAGGACCUGAGCCAGGCUCCCACCAUGGACAGCCCCCUCGAAAAGUUAAGUGUGGCCCAGGAACCCGAGACCUCCAGGCCGCAUUCGACACCGGCACGGCUCACCCCAUCCAAGCCGCAGAACUGUGCCCGCCGUGGCCACCUGAUUCCCAGCUGUGUGUCCUCCAGGGCGCCAGCGAUGUGCUCCUCGCCCCGUGUGCCCCGCCCUCGACUGAGGUCUGAGCCAACACCCCUGCCUCUGCCGCUGCCCCUUCCUGCACCGACUCCCAGCCAGGGUCCCUCGCCUUCCUCCCCUGGACCCGGGGGCCCAAGCGGGGGAGGUGGGCGUGGCCGGAAGCUACUGCUGCCCACGCCCCUGCUACGGGACCUGUACACCCUCAGUGGACUCCAUCCCUCCCCUUUCCACCGCGACAACUUCAGCCCUUAUCUGUUUGCCAGCCGCGACCACCUGCUGUGAGACCCACCACCUAAAAUCUACCCAGUAUUCCCUGUUUCCCCCUGCCACGCGUGCGUGUGGCACGUAAGUGCUAAAGGCCCUUGCCCUCCAAACCAGCCAGGCCCAGCGUCAGAAGAUGGCUGGAAGGGACGCUUCAAGGCAGGGAAUCUCUUGGCUGCUCUUUGGCCUUCUGGGACAUCUGGGUAGGCAAAAAUAACCAGGUGGGCCCAUGUCCCUAGGAUUGCCCUUUUAACGGCUGAUGCUUAACCCAACUGGCCAUUGCCUAGCCAGUGAGAGCUCCAAGUUCUCAGAAUUCAACCCAAAAGUUUACAACAGUUUAUGGGAACCUCUCACUUCUUAGCUUCCUCAAGCAAGAGGGUGCUACUCUGGCCAGUGUGCAGUGUCUAAACUGCCAAUAAGAGCCCUUGGGGUUCAGAAUUGCUGAGAGUGGGUGGGAAUGAUUCCAGUCAAUGGGGGACCGCCCGUGUCAAAGCCAAGGAGGGCUGUCCAGUCUCUCCCCGGGAACAUGGAGUCCAGCUGGAGGGUAGGGGGGCAGGCUCCCCCACAGCAGGGUCCUGCGGCACCCCUUCCUUUCUAGCCCUUCCCCAGGUGCACCAUCUCACACCCUCCAACCCCCUACUUAAGUAGGGCUUGCCCCAGUUCACAGGUUUUGGAGUUCCGGAUGCUGUCUCCCUUGGCUGUGCCUAGGGCACCCCCCUCCCUAACCGUCUAUUAUUUAUUAGGGCUGUGGAAAAAGACUUUAUUUUCUUGGGACCCACCCUCCUUCUUCACACUGCCCCCAUGCCCCAGCCUCAUGCAGUUGUGCCAUCUUGGGGGACAUGGGUGGAGCAGAAGGGGGUUCCCCUACCCUGAAUAGCCAAAGGCAGUGGGCAGAUGAGGCUCUGUCCCCCUUUCCUGCCCCCCAUCUUUAAUAAAGACCUGUUUGUAACAGAA